AUGUCUGGCUGUUCAGACGAUCUCAUUGCAUUCACGGACCCAGAAAACGUGCGUGUGGACUCCCCAAAAUCAAGUGUUCUUGCAGAGUUCGAUCCCCUUUUUGAUUUUAAAGGAAAGGAUGAAGCAUUUUCCAAAACUCUACGCCAACCACUCAGACGAACCUUCCAGCGGGAGCGAUCCUCCGAAUCCAGUCAGUCCGUGGAUCAAUGUUAUCAGCCAUGUAGCAAUAGACUUGGUGGAAUAUUUGACAAAGAUGCGAUUUGGGGCGAGUUAGAGGAGUUUGCGUUGUCUGAGAAAGCAGUCAAUAAAGUCGCACUUCCACAUUCCUCCACCUCACCCAAUCUCACGACUACUCAAUCAACCUUAAAUUCCGAGGUGAAGCAAACGUCUCGAGACUCUCUCCCCCUUCCUGCUAAUGUCGCCGUUGAUCUAAGUCUCCUGAACUUCGCUAAAGCUGUUGAAAAGUGA